AUGGCUGAGGCGGAUCGCCCCGGGAAGCUCUUCAUCGGCGGCCUCAACCCCGAAACCGACGAGAAGGGCCUCGAGGCCGCGUUCGGCAAGUAUGGCCACAUCAGCGAGGUUCUCCUGAUGAAAGAUCGAGAAACCAGCAAGUCCAGGGGCUUCGCGUUCGUCACCUUCGAAAGCCCCGCAGACGCCAAGGCCGCCGCCAGAGACAUGAACGGCAAGUCCCUGGAUGGUAAGGCCAUCAAGGUGGCCCAGGCCACCAAGCCGGCGUUUGAGAGCGGGCGGCGGGGCCGCGGCCGCCUGAGGGGCCUGCGCGGGGCCCGCGGCGGCCCGCGGCGCCCUCCGUCCCGGGGCGGGCCGGCGGACGACGGCAGCGACGCGGGGGAUUUCGACCCGCGGCCCUCCAGGGCCCCGAUGCCCCUGAAGCGCGGGCCGCCGCCGCCGCGCAGGCCCGGGCCGCCCCCCAAGAGGGCCGCGCCGUCGGGCCCGGCUCGCAGCGGCGGCGGCGGCGGCGGCGGCGGGAUGCGCGGGCGGGCCCCGGCCGCGCGGGGGCGAGACGGCUACGCGGGCCCGCCGCGCCGGGAGCCGCCGCCGCCGCCGCCGCCGCCGCCGCCGCCGCGCCGCGCCCCCUACCUGGGCCCCCGGGAGGAGGGCUACUCGCCCCGAGACGGCUACUUGAGCCGAGACUACCCGGGCGCCCGCGACCCCCGCGAGUUCGCCGCCUCGCCGCGAGACUACGCCUACCGCGACUACGGCCACGCCGGGGCCCGGGACGACUGUCCGUCGAGAGGCUACGGCGACCGAGACGGCUACGCAGGGCGCGACCGCGACUACGCGGACCAUCCGAGCGGAGGCUCCUACCGAGACCCCUUCGACGGCUACGCGGAUCCGCGCGGCGCCGCGGCGGCGCGGGGGCCCCCGCCUUCCUACGGCGGGGGAGGCCGCUACGGCGAAUACCGGGGCUGCUCGCCCGACGUGUACGGCGGCGGCCGCGACACUUACGGCGGCGGCGGCCGGAGCGACCGCUACUCGCGGGGCCGCGACCGGGUGGGCAGGGCCGACCGCGGGCUCUCCCCGUCCUUGGAGAGGGGGUGCCCCCCGCCGCGCGAGUCUUACAGCCGCUCGGGCCGCAGGGUCCCCAGGGGCGGAGGCCGCCUGGGAAGCCGCCCCGAGAGGGGGGGAGGCCGCAGCAGGUACUAG